AAGUUAUUAAAAAUUAUUAUCGGAUUAUGCCUCAGCAUAUGACAAGCCUCGUGAAAUGAAGGAGUCUAUACUUAUUUUAGUGAGUCUAGCGACCUGCGCCUUAUGCAAUUACGAAUACGACAGGCCCCUCGUGUAUAAGAAAAAUCCCGCUCCCGAUGGUCAUAGAUGCGGAUUGUGCCCUACAUAUUACCAGAAGACUUGCGGAUUUAAUAUGCAAGAUAACUCUACAUACAUCUUCGACAACCACUGCAUAAUGGAUCUCUAUAAUUGUUUCGAGGGCACAGAAUUUAUAACAAUGAACUACAACAAAUGCCUGUACUUUGGGAACUUCGCAUACGUUCACGGUUUCAAGAACGAAGACAAGGAUUAUGGAGAGGAUCACUUUAUCAUAAAAGGUUCAAAGAAGAAUCCAGACUUUGUUGACUAAUUUGACAGUUUUAGGUUAAGACAAUGUCUCAAAUUUAUUUUCACUCAU